GCCCUAGCCUUGGCUCAUUGCUUAUGUGUGGUGAUCCUUGAGUUUGCAAGCCUAUGUAACCUUCUCCCCAACCAUCAGUUGACACUGUUCAGAACUUGUGCGCCAACUCACUAGGAAUGCCAUGGUGACCAUGCUCACCCUCACCAUGGCCAAGAUUCCUCGGAGGUUGUCUCGGUCGUGUGGUGCCCGUUCCCUACUCCUCGCAGAACUCCCAGCACGAGGACUGAAGAUUCAAGCUGAAGUGGUGACUGAAGAGGAAUCUACUCCAGUGGCUGCUGAUCAAGUGGAGGAGCCAUCUAACUGGGUAGCUUGUAGAGGGAUCUAGACCUCUUCACUGCAACAAAGGUGAUGAGGAGUACUCUAUGUGUUCGUGAGGCUGGAGGGCGCUUCCAGUUCUAGAGGAGGAUUAGUUAGGCUUAUGUAUAAGCUUUGGAGGGUUCCUACCUUCCUGCUAUUGUAAUAAGUUAUGCACUUUGAUUAUAUCAGGACUUGUAAUAAAUGUAACUCUUCCUAUGUAAUAACCUUCAGUUUUAGAAA